AUGAGAGGCAUCCUAGAAUCGGCCCAGCCUGAAGUAAUGCGAAAGCGUCCCAGGCUGAGGUCAGAAGAAAAACAGGUGUAUUUUUUUAGUGAGGUUCGCGCUAGCAAGAAGAAUACUUUUAUUCUUCAACGACGUACGCCACCUGGAUUGACGAAAAAGAACAAGCGACCGAAAUUGAGAUCGCGUCAUUAUGUUUACGAUUUAGUUGAAGAUACAAAUUUGAGAAAGCAGGAGAACUUAAAUGUUAUAUUAACAUCUUACGUCCAAGGUUUGGGUGUCAAAGGGGAUAGGGUAUCUGUUAAACCCAAACUGGCUUAUGAGAAAUUGUUGCUGCCAGGAUUGGCUGUUUAUGCCACUCGUGAAAAUGUAAAAAUGUAUGAAGAAUCUGUAGACAAAGAGGAAAAGACGCAAGCAUUCAGCUCUGCUUCAGUGGAGAGGACUAUAGGUAUUUUGUCAAGACAAAUUUUGGCUGUAGUUAUGAAUUUGGAAACAGAAUGGACCUUGCAACCAUGGCAUCUACGAAUAUCGUUUAGGAAAGCUGGAUUUAUAGUUCCUGAAUAUGCAAUAGAAUUGCCGGAGGAGCCAAUUAAAGGACCAAACUUGGAUUUGGAAGGAAAAGAAUUUAAGAUAACAGUCACUAUAAACAAAUCUGAAACAGUUCCUGUGAGAUGUCGCAUCCAUCAUUGGAGCACCAAUCCAGGGGAUAGAUUGCCAUAUGUGCAAGAUCACUGGCAACAAACUGCAGAACCUUUGUUUUCAGACAAUCAAAAAACUUUCCAAUCAGAUCAGUAAUCAAAUAUAUUUUGAAUAGAUUUUAAAUCUUGGAGAAAUGUUGUUUAGUGACCAGUUUCAAGUAGUCAUCAGUACUGAGAACAUAGCAUUAUAUAUGUAGGGAAUAUUGAUUGUUUGGUGCCAAGUGUAUAUCUGUUGUUUAACAUAAAAAAAAAAUGAAAUACCAAGAAUGUAAAACGCUCAAAAUAUAUAUUAUUUAUGUAUAUUGUUAUUCACCACUUUUUUUUAAAUUUGAAUAUUGCCUGUCUAGUUUGAAAAAAAUUAAAAACAUGUAAUGACUAAUAAAUUUGCAGAAUGCAAAUCAGUUUCAUUAUAUUUGAAGUAAAAUAUCAUUAGUAGAUCUACUAAUCCAUAAACACCUUGUAACUUCUAUAAUUAAUAUUAAUACACUGACAUGGUUAAUUUAUUUAUCCACAUAAUUAUGUGAAGUCAAAUGUUACUAAAUAGAGAUCAUUUUCAUAAUAAUUAUUGUUACAACACUUUACUCUCCCAUUAAUUAUUGUUAACUUGCACCUGUCAUCUUUCCUUGGAUGAAAAGGUGGCAAUUUAGCCUUGUCCAUAUAAAUUAUAUAUCAUAUAUUAUCAUAUAUUAUCAUAUAGCAUAAUAUUUACCUAUUUAAUUAAAAAGUUGGUUUGAAGAAAUGCUUUCUAGGCAAAAAUUUGCAUUGCAGAAGCAUAGAAACACUCCAGGAACAUGUAAUUUUUUUUAUUAUU